UUAUUAAAAAUGAUCGACAGCAACUUGCCUAAUUUCAAUUGGAUCUUUUGUCGGGUCGGUGAAACAUAUGGGCCCUUUUAAUCCACAUUUUUAGUUAAAGCCCAUCGUACUAAUUACCAAUUCCAUUCUCAAUUUCUCAAUUGAAAAAAAAAAAAGAAAAAGUAAAAAUGGCUCCUCCUCACGGUGAAAAGUCAACAGAAGUCAAGGAGGAGCCCUCCGCCGUUUCCUCCGUCGAUAACCGCCCUAUCUCCACCAUCGUCUUCAUCAUCGCUAUGCAAACGGAGGCGUUACCGCUUGUAAACAAAUUUCAGCUUACUGAGGACGUUGAUUCCGUGUUCCCAAAGGGAGUCCCUUGGGUGCGGUUCUAUGGUAAUUACAAGGGUUUCGCCAUUAAUAUUGUCUGUCCUGGGAAAGACCCAGCAUUGGGGGUCGAUGGUGUGGGCACGGUUUCUAUAUCUCUUGUGACAUAUGCUUCUGUCCAAGCAUUAAAGCCAGACCUCAUCAUAAAUGCUGGCACAGCAGGUGGAUUUGGGGCCAAAGGUGCUUCAAUUGGAGAUGUUUUUCUUUCAUCAGAAGUUGCUUUCCAUGACAGAAGAAUACCAAUCCCGGUAUUUGAUAUAUAUGGAGUUGGUUCCCGGAAGGCUUUUGCUACACCCAAUCUUCUGAAGGAGCUUAACCUGAAGGUUGGCAAGCUGUCUACUGGUGACUCUCUAGACAUGUCUCCAGUGGAUGAAGCAGCUAUCGUUGCAAAUGAUGCAACAGUUAAAGACAUGGAGGGAGCAGCCGUAGCUUAUGUGGCAGAUCUGUUGAAAGUUCCUGUCAUUUUUCUGAAAGCUGUGACAGACAUUGUGGAUGGUGAUAAACCAACACCGGAAGAGUUUUUGGCAAAUCUGGCAGCAGUAACCGCUGCACUUGAUCAAACUGCCACCCAAGUAGUUGAUUAUAUCAGUGGGAAAUGCUUACUGGAACUGUGAUCUAAUCUUUUUUCAUCCUGUGCAUGCUUCAUUCUUCCGGGAAAUCUGGCGGCUGUAACUGCUGCACUUGAUCAAACUGCUACCCGAGUAGUUCCGAGUAGUUGGAUUACAUCAGUGGGAAAUGAUUGCUGGAACUAUGAUCUAAUCUUAUUUCAUCCCGUGCUUCUUCUGUGGGAAGACCAUAUGACAUCGUGUCUAGGUGAUUUUUAGACUUCUAGGCAGUGAGAAUGUUACUUUCCUUAGAACUGCAUACUAUGUUUCUACAUUGCACUGGCCUCACAAUGUUCCAACUAGUUUCUCUUAACGUACCUACUAUUCUGAAACUGUUGUAAAACUAAUGAGAAUUGAGUUUUAAAAUUUAUGGAAUUUAUAGUUGGGGAA